UUCACCCUCCCACUAUACCUACCCCCCUUCUCGUCUCUCUUCUCGUCUCUUCCACUCACACAACCAAACUCUCCAAGAUGCCUCGCCAAUUCUUCGUCGGUGGUAACUUUAAGAUGAACGGUACUGCCGAGAGCAUUACCUCCAUCAUCAACAACCUCAACAAGGCCAAGCUCGACGAGUCCGCCGAGGUGGUCAUCUCCCCUCCCUCCCUCUACCUGCUCACUGCCCGCGAGGCUGCCUCCGACAAGAUCGGCGUUGCCUCCCAGAACGUCUUCGACAAGCCCAACGGUGCUUUCACCGGUGAGAUCAGCGUCGAGCAGCUCAAGGAUGCCAAGAUCAACUGGACCAUCAUCGGCCACAGCGAGCGCCGUGUCAUCCUGAAGGAGAGCGACGAGUUCAUUGCCCGCAAGGUCAAGGCCGCCAUUGAGGGUGACAUCAGCGUCAUCUUCUGCAUCGGUGAGACUCUUGAGGAGCGUGAGGCCAACAAGACCAUCGAUGUUGUCACCAGACAGCUCAACGCCGUCGCCAAGGAGCUCUCCAAGGAGCAGUGGUCCAAGGUUGUCAUUGCCUACGAACCCGUCUGGGCCAUUGGUACCGGCAAGGUCGCCACCACCGAGCAGGCCCAGGAGGUCCACGCUGCCAUCCGCAAGUGGCUCUCCGAGGCCAUCUCCGCCGACGCUGCCGAGAACACCAGAAUCAUCUACGGUGGUUCCGUCAGCGAGAAGAACUGCCGCGAGCUGGCCAAGGAGGCUGAUGUCGAUGGUUUCCUCGUUGGCGGUGCCAGCUUGAAGCCUGCCUUCGUCGACAUUAUCAACGCUCGUCUGUAAGCACUUACGACUCUCGUCUGAUAACGUGAUAUGAUACCCGAUCAAAGUGCCAGCAACGUCAACCCCCUAAUCCGACAUGCUGGCCCUGCUGGUAGGGGCUAAUGUGAAAAGCAUCUCCUCCAUGCAAGGCGGAGUACCACCUCCCUCCGCCUUUACUAUAUGAAAGUGCAUAUACCGAUGAGGACUCUGUCCAUCCAAAUACCACAAAAUCUAUAUUUUCUUUAGUCUCGAAUAACCAACUUCAGAUAAUUGCUA